AUGUGUCUGGCUCCAGUCAAUGGACAAGAUCCUCUCACAGAAGCUGGUCCAGCUUGGAAUCAUGCCGACUAUGAGACCAGCCCGCCGGUCUACCCCUCGCCUCAAAUGUCGGGCGCUGGGUGGGAGAUUGCCCUUGAGAAGGCAAAGGCUUGGGUCUCGCAGUUGACUACUGAUGAGAAGUCACUCCUGGUCACUGGUACUGAAGGACCUUGCGUAGGCAACAUUGCACCGAUUCCACGACUCAACUUCACCGGUCUUUGUCUUCAAGACGGUCCUCUCUCACUUCGUCAAGCAGACUAUGCCUCGGUCUUCCCAGCAGGUAUCAGUGUAGCCGCGGCUUGGGACAGGAAGCUUGCGUAUAAGAGAGGAUACCAGCUCGGAGCCGAGUACAAGGCCAAAGGCGCCCAUGUUGUUCUCGGCCCGGUUGCUGGUCCUCUUGGCAGAUCUGGAUACGCUGGACGCAAUUGGGAGGGAUUCUCACCCGAACCGUACCUCACUGGUGUCUUCAUGUCAGAAACCAUCGAAGGUCAUCAAGACGCUGGAGUCCAGGCUUGCGCAAAGCAUUACGUUGGCAACGAACAAGAAACACAGCGCAAUCCAAGCAUAAACCCAGAGACCAACCAGACGAUCGAAGCGCUUUCAGCAAACAUCGACGACCGCACCUUACACGAACUCUACAACUGGCCUUUCGCCAAUGCAGUCAAGAGUGGCGUUGCUUCAAUCAUGUGUAGUUAUCAGAGGCUCAACGGCAGCUAUGGCUGCCAAAACUCCAAGAUCCUCAACGGAGUGCUGAAAGAGGAGAUGGGGUUUCAGGGCUGGGUGGUCUCCGACUGGAUGGCGACUCACGCCGGACACCAGGCCGCCGACGCUGGUCUGGACAUGAAUAUGCCUGGCGGAUUGGUCUUCUCGCAGUCCGUCCCAAGUUUCUGGGGCAAAAAUCUCACCACGAGCGUCGAGAACGGAAGCUUGGCCUUGACCCGUCUGGACGACAUGGCACAUCGCGUCAUGGCUCCGUACUUCCAUCUCAAUCAGGACGUCAACUUCCCGAACGUCGAUGGUAGCUCUCCCGGUCUUCAGAAAACAUGGGGUACAUACAACUUCACAUACGGUCCAAAGUCAACCGAUGUGCGUGCAAAUCACAAGGAGCUCAUCCGCGAGCUUGGUGCCGCCGGCACUGUUCUGUUGAAGAAUGUGAACAAGACUCUGCCCCUAAAGAAUCCGAAGAACAUUGCAGUAUACGGCAACGACGCGGGCGACAUCACCAAUGGCCUGUAUUUUGCGAAUCUUAUCAGCAACACGGGAUUCGAAUACGGGGUCCUUCCCACCGCAGGCGGCUCUGGUACCGGUCGUUUCACCUACGUUGUGCCACCACUCGAUGCCAUCAAGGCGAAGGUCGACGAGGACGCCCUUGUACAGUACCUCCUUAACAAUACCCAGAUCAUCGGCGGCCAGCAACAGGGACCCACUGGCUUCGUUGGACUUACGCCAGACUCUUCUGGACUGAUCUACCCCGAGCCAGAGGUCUGCCUAGUUUUUGUCAAGACGUGGGCCAGCGAGGGCUACGACCGUACCACUCUCAGAUUUGACUGGAAUGGUACAGAAGUUGUCGAGACUGUCGCGCUCAGCUGCCCCAACACCAUCGUCAUCACUCACUCUUCUGGUCUCAACGUUCUCCCAUUCGCUGACAACGAGAACGUCACUGCCAUCAUUGCUGCUCAUCUCCCUGGCCAAGAAGUCGGAAAUAGCAUCGUUGACAUCCUCUGGGGAGACGUCAACCCAUCUGGCAAGCUUCCUUAUACCAUCGCGCACGAGGAGGAAGACUACGCUUUCGCGGACAUCACCAACUCCACCGAGCUCCUCGAGACCACCGAUCCCAAUGCCUGGCAACAAGACUUCACUGAGCGUCUCCUCAUCGACUAUCGCCACUUCGACUACGAGAACAAGUCCGUGGCGUACGAGUUUGGCUUCGGUCUAUCAUACACAACAUUCGAAGUGGCGGACGCAAGCGUUGAGAAGAUCGUCGAUGGCGAGAUUGCUCCGACUGCUGCUCCCGCUGCUAUUGUUCCUGGUGGAAAUCCAGGUCUUUGGGAGACUUUGUACAAGAUCACGGUAAAGGUGACAAACACUGGUGACCUUGCCGGUGCCACCGUUCCUCAGCUUUACCUUGGUCUGCCGCAGAUCAAGAACGAGGCUACCACUCCCCCAAAAGUACUCCGUGGAUUCGAGAAGGUCUACCUUGAGCCAGGCCAGAGCCAGGAGGUCGAGUUUGAGCUGCAGAGGAGAGAUAUCUCCUACUGGGAUGUUGUUGCUCAGGACUGGGUCAUCGACCCGGCUACGAUCAAUGUCCACGUCGGUCUUUCCAGCCGCGACAUCCACACUACUUCGUCGUUUGAGCCGCUUGGACCGACUGCGUACCGCCCUCGCCGAAUGUAG